GGGUCCCCAACUGGUUUAGAAGAUCCCUGAGUGCACGGGUAGCGCAGAGGCUGGACAGCCGCUGGAGCUGGUAAGGCGUUGGAGCGCCCAAGGCUUGUGGCAGUCUUUCUUCUGAGGUGGAAGACUCGUCACAGGCGCCAAAUACUGUCCAAAAUGGCACCUGCUUCUAAAGGAAAUGGUCAUAAUCAAAGCUCUCAGGAUGAUUUGUUGCCAGAUCUUCCCAAGGGACCAUUAUGUAUGUAUAGAGCCAAAUCAUCCUUCAAUUGGAAGGAACUCUUGUUAUUCUUAGAAGGAGAAGACAUGCUAAUUUUCAAGAAAAGAAUCUUCUCAGCCUUUGAAAAUGAUCCUCUCUUUGCUCAUCAUCCUGGAGAAGAAUUGCCUAUUCAGAAGUAUCGUGAGCUAAACUUUCUACGCUGUAAAAGACUUUUUGAAUAUGACUUUCUUAAUAUGCAAGAAAUGGUGAAGAAUCCACUGAAAAUUUCUAUGCUGAUUAAUUGCCUAGGGAUGUAUGAUUGGUCUUUAUCUGCCAAAUAUUUUUUAAAUACAUAUGUUUUUGCUUCUACUAUUCAGAAUUCUGGGUCUCAAAGACAUAUGCAUUUUAUUCAGAAAACCUUAAAUAUGGAGAUUUUUGGAUGUUUUGCUCUGACUGAAGUAAGUCAUGGGAGUAAUACCAAGGCUAUUCGAACAACUGCCCAAUAUGAUCCCACCACGCAGGAGUUCAUCAUCAAUUCUCCUGAUUUUGAAGCUUCCAAAUUUUGGAUUGGUAAUAUGGGCAAGAAUGCCACUCAUGCAGUUGUAUAUGCCCAGCUAUAUACCCAAGGAGGCCAGUGCCAUGGAUUACAUUCCUUUGUUGUACAGAUACGAGAUCCAAAGACACUUCUUCCAAUGCCAGGAGUCAUGGUUGGUGACAUAGGAAGGAAACUUGGACAGAAUGGUUUAGACAAUGGAUUCACUAUGUUUCAUAAUGUUAGAAUUCCCCGGGAAAAUCUGCUAAACCGAACAGGUGACGUCACCCCAGAGGGAGUCUACAGUACUUCCUUUAAGGAUGUCCGACAGCGUUUUGGUGCUUCACUAGGUACUCUGUCAACUGGUAGAGUUUCCAUUAUAGGAAUGUCUGUGGUGAAUUUGAAACUAGCUCUAUCAAUAGCAAUUCGUUUCUCUGCAACUCGCCAUCAGUUUGGACCAAAUGAUGAUGAGGAAAUUCCAGUCCUUGAAUAUCAAAUGCAGCAAUGGCGCCUGAUUCCUUACUUGGCAGCUACAUAUGUUUUAGACCACUUCUCAAAAACUUUGUUCAUGGACUUGGUAGAACUUCAGCUAGGCCUUUUACAAAAUGAUAAAAGUAUAAGGCAGGCUGAACUUGGACGUGAAAUUCAUAUAUUGGCAUCUGCUGGCAAACCUCUAGCUUCCUGGACGGCUCAACAAGGAGCUCAGGAAUGUCGAGAAGCUUGUGGAGGACAUGGCUAUUUGGCUAUGAAUCGUUUGGGCGAUAUUAGAAAUGACAAUGAUCCAAACUGUACUUAUGAAGGAGACAAUAAUGUCCUGCUUCAACAGACUAGCAACUAUUUACUGAACUGCAUUACAGACAGACAUCAAGAUAAAGUUCGUAUUGAAAGUCCACUGGAAUCUGUAAAUUUUCUUGAAGAUUUUAAAGAUAUUCUUGGCCAGAAAUUUGUGAUAUCUCGAGUUGAAGACUGCAUGGAUUCUUCAGUUUCCCUGGCAGCAUACAAGUGGUUGGUUUGUUACCUACUACGAGAGAGUUAUCAAAAAUUAAAUCAGGAAAGAAAAUCUGGAAGUGAUGAUUUUGAAGCAAGAAACAACUGCCAGGCAUACUACUGUCAUUCCCUCGCUCUUGUCUUCAUUGAGCAUACAGUUUUACAGAGGUAUCAUAAGUAUACACACCAUGCCAGCAUGCCAACUUCUCUUCAGCCUGUCCUGAAACGUCUUGGUGCUUUGUAUGGACUCUGGUCUCUAAGUCGGCAUAUGGCAGUUCUCUAUCAAGGUGGAUAUUUUUCUGGUGAACAAGCAGGUAAAAUGAUAAAGAAUGCUAUUUUGGACCUGUGUGCAAAGCUGAAAGAUGAUGCAGUUGCUCUGGUAGAUGUCAUCGCUCCUCCAGACUUCAUCCUGAACUCACCAAUUGGCAAGGCAAAUGGCGAGCUAUAUAAAAACCUCUGGGCCACUGUCCUUCAGGGAAGCAAAGUCCUAGAAAGGCCAUCAUGGUGGAGAGAAUUUUCUACCUAUAAACCCACCAUAGGAAGUUUAAAAUCGAAACUCUAGGUCCAACAUGAAUACCAGGACAUCACUUGGACAUGGAUCCUUGAGCAUUUGCAUCAUUUCUACCUACAAAGAUCCUGGGUAUAGAGGACUUUCAUUUUGGCAUCUCGUUUCACUACCAGAUGACUUUAAACAGCACUACAUUUUAUGGGACAGCACAUCUACUCUUAUCAAUCAGUUCCAGAUAUAGAGGUGCCAAUCUUGUCCAACGUAAUUAUUUCCUUUGUGUGGGCAAGGGGCAAUGCCUAACUUACUAUUAUAAUUUUCAUGCUUAUCAUGAUUUACUACCUAAAUGGAAACAAGUUAAAGUAAUCAGCUUUGAUGAUGGAAUAGAUUAACUUCCUAUACUCUAUUUCCCUAUUUAAAUCUGUUGAGUAUAGUCAGUCUUUAAGUGCCUUCUUUGGGAAAUUUAUUGUAUUAAUUGCUAGGGGAGAUACAAAUAGAAAGAAGGCAAAGUCCUUUAUAGGGAUUAUAGUCUAACAGAGUCUGAUGAAAUGUUUAUAUAUAUAUAUGCAUGUAUAUAUAUAUACACACACACAUAUAUAUGCAUAUACAUGUGGGGAGAAAGAGAGAGAGAGACAGAGACAGAGACAGAGAUAUGCAGGGUAAAAGAAGAUUUCAAAAUGCCAAGAAAUAAAAUUCAGGAGCUACCACUUUCAGCUGGAGAAAUCAAUGAAGACUUAAUAGAGGAUGUAACAUUUGAAGAAUAUAAACAGGUGGUAGAGGUGAAAAAGGAGGACAUUCCAUAUGAACCUUGUCCAGGGGGUCUAUAUCAUUUAUCUGUCUCUUAAUCAGUCUGAGAACAUCAGCUUCACUAAGGACUUCAUUGUGCUAUUUGGUAUCCGCUGUAAAUCAUUGCAAUUCAAUUUCAUUAAUCUGGGCUAAAUGAGGGAACACAAAGUCUGAAUUAUGGAUUUGGGAGAGCAUUGUGGUUUCCUUAUUUUUAAGCAUUUAACUGGAACUACCCAUUGAAGUAUUUUUUAAAAGAGAGAAGAAAUCUAGACCUCAAUUGUUAGAUCAUUGUUAAUUAGAGACAUUCAUUAUAUCCAAGUGUUCUCUUCAUUGAUUAAACCUGUUUCUCUUUAUCAGGUUAAAUAAAUCUACUAUAAUUUUGUUUUUAGUA